GGUUAAUUCACAUAGUAUGUUGGUUCUCAAAUCGCGGAAAGCUGUACAUAAUUUAUAUAGGAAAAAAAGGAUAAUUAGUAAUGUAUUUAAAAAUUAACACUCAUGUUAUAAAGUGUUUAAUUGAUUCUGUACUGACAACGAGUUAUUACCAAAGGCAGAAGGAAUAUAUUAAAUAUCAACAACUUCCGAAAGAAGAUAAGAAGUUUGCGAACCCCUGAUUUAAUGCGUUACACUUCAGACGCAAGUGGAAAACAAUUUCUGAGAUUCCUUCGCAAUAAACCUUCUAUAUUUUUUUAUAUAUAAAGACUCUUUUAUGUACACAUAUCACAUAGGAAUCCGAUUAAAGACGUACAUUAUUUUAACGUAUCGACGCAAGUUACUAGCCUGGGAUAUCGAAUGUUUAGAAAAAGAACCGCCUGUCGGGCGACAGUGUUUACAGUAAGCGUCCGUAGGAUAUCUUUUUUUCUAUGCGAUUAUCGCUCUCAAGGACUUCUCAGGUUUCUUUUUCUGUUUAGCCAUCAAGAAAGACGCGUUGAAUCGCCGCUUGCCUUAAUUUAGUUUCUAGUCUUGUGGGAGCAAGCGACUAAUUCAUUGUACGUAUAUCUGCAUUGUGAUAGUUAUACUGAUGCCGGAAUUUUGGCGAAUCUCUUGAACAAUAAGACAUAAAAGAUAGUUCUCUCUAUGUCCAUGAAAUAGAUUUAUGCAUAUCGAAGCAGAGUAUGCAGGCACAGAAUUGUAACAUUGAAAGAAGUAUGAAGGAUACUGAAAUAUCUUUGCUUCUAAUGGAAUCUUCUAAACCCAUUUUUGUUGAUGAUUUAAAUAUAUUUGAAGAAGAAAUUCUUGCAAACCAAACUACAUUGCACAGUACACAACCUAUACGGAAUUUGCCUAAUAUCUUGAGAAAUAAUAAUACAAGAAUAUAUAAAAGUAAUAAAACACUUAUGUUAGAUAAAAUUGAUACUUCCUUUAUACCAGAAGAUUUAAAUACUUCUUUUGAGCUAAAUACAAUAUUAUCUAACAUUGAUUUAGAAAUGGAAGCCAGUUAUAGCAAAAUUACAUCACCAAAAUCACACCAUCAAAGAAAACAAAUACAUAAUCCAUUGGACUUAUCGUAUGACAUGCCUGAUAGGAAUAAUAAUAAAGAUAAAAACAUGUUAUGUAAAGUUAAUCAAUUAAAUCCAUUGCAUAUUUCAAGUUAUAAAAAGAAUACAUCAUUGAAGAGAUUAAAAUAUAAUAAACAAAAAGGAAAUUUGUGUAACAAAAAACCAAGAAGAUUAACAGGUCAUAAAUCUAAUUGCAAAACGAGAAACAAAUUUUAUAAAAAGUCUUAUGAAAAAUUAGACUUUAAUACAGAAUUAACCAUUUCACAAGUAAAUAUGGAAGAAAACGUUUCAAUGCAAGAUGUAAAUGAUAUUUCCAGUAACAUACUUACUGAAUCUAUCUAUGAAACAAAUACUUCAAACUAUAUAAAUGAUUUAAAUGAUAUUGGAGCAAAAUCAGUGGAAUCAUCUAAUGUUUUUCAUUGUAACAAUGAAAAUUAUAAAUUUGAGAAAAAGUAUGACAUAAAUUACAAUCCUAUUAUUUCUGGUAACUCAAAAGAGUUAAUGCAGAAUAAAAAUGUUUUUGGAGAAAAUCUUACAAAUUAUGAAUUUCCAAUAAUGACAAAUGACUUCGAAAAAGAAUUGAUAGAUAAAGACGUUACUUCGAAUAUUUUACUGAAACCUAAAUUACUAUAUACUUGUACUUGUGCAAAUUGUAUGUUACAAGAUAAAGAUAUUAUAUUUUAUGAAGAGCAAGUUUCAACUUCUAUAAAUAAAAAUAUGGAAACAGAACUUUUUACAUAUGACUUUAAUACUGGUGAUUAUUAUGGUGAUAUACUUGGUGACAAUUGGUUAGAAGAAUUAGACAAUAAAAAUCUUUAUCAUGAAAAGUUAGAAGAGACGCAUAUUAUAGAGAAAAAUUUAUGUACUAGUAACGAUAGCAUAACAAAACUAGUUGAAAACAAUGCAAAUAUAUCAUUGAUGGAACAAACUAAAUUACAAAAUUUGCAAUCUCAUCAUAUUGAUAAAGCACAAAAUAAUAAUAAUGUAGAAUCAUGUUCUACAGAAAUUGUUACGCAAUCUAAUGGACCAAUAAAUUUUUUUAAUUCUUCAGAAAAUAUAGAUAUUUUUAAUGAAAUGAAUUACCUGAAUUUAGAAAACAGUUUAAUAAAAGAAAACAAAAUAGUUUCUCAAGAUAAAUCAUUCAUUCAAACUACAAUCUCAACUGAUGUAUCUGUGUUCAAAUCCAAGGAAAUAUCACAAGCAAACAAGCAAGAUUUAUAUGUUAUUCAAUGUGCUCAAUGUGAAAGAAUAUUUCAUGAAAAACAUCAGUUUAGGAAACAUUUUACUCACUGUGACUUUUACAAAGAGGAUUUUAAAUGUCAUAUCUGCAAUAAAAUAUAUAGACAUAAAUCAUCAUUAGCUCAGCAUCUGAGGAUUGUGCAUCAUAUAUUAGAUGGUCCUUAUGAGAAGUACUAUACUUGUAACAAGUGUUUAAAAUCAUAUGUUAGAUUUCGUGCUUUUCAAAAACACAUACUUCUUCAUGAUGAUUAG